CGCUAGACGUCCAAUCCAUUUCAAAUGGAAGGGUUGUCAAUGAAUGAACGAAUGUUCAUUUUUUAUACAUUAAUGUUCAUUUUAAUAUUAAUUUUGUGUACGAUUAAUAGUUUUCAGGCCGCAUUCAACUCAUAUAUUACAGUAUUUCGCCUGUACAUUAUUUUGAUUAAAUUUUGAAAAGAAGCACGCCGGUUUGCAACUCUUACUUUGAAAGGACACAAAGAGGAUAUGACGUAGUAUUUUGAAGCUGUUUACAGGCACGCGUCUGAUGUGUCAGGGACAGCAGGCGAUGUCAUGUUACGUCUUCAAGAUAUUCCUAUUUCAAUAACAUGACAAUAAACGCCUUCUGGACGUCAUGGAGUCGUCGUUGUUCGAUAACAGCUCGGAAAUUGUGGCCCGAGAACGCAGCGGACACACGGCUGUGGUGGAGGGCGACCUGCUCUACGUGUGGGGAGGCUACGCGUCUGUAGCUGAUGAAGAAGUGUUCCUACCCAAUGAUGAAUUCUGGGUGUAUGACCUUGGACAAGGCAUCUGGCAGGUGUUCCACAUGACAGGGGACAUCCCUCCUUUAAUGUCAGGCACCUGCGGCUGUCACCUAAACAAUCACAUGUACAUAUUUGGUGGAUGUAAUGAUAAUGGUCAGACUAACGAGAUCUAUCGCGUCAAGCUGACAGACCGUCAAUACGCAUGGACCAAAAUCGUACACCGCUUCGGUUCAGUGCCAUCGCCUCGAGACAAACUAUCCUGCUGGGUUUACAAAGGAAGGAUUAUCUACUUCGGAGGUUACGGUCACAAACUGCUGGCUGAGAUCGACAGCAGAAACAGGAGCUUCAUCGAAGAUGAUUCAUCAGAGGGCUUUGUGUGGGGAUGGAACAACGAAGUUCACAUAUUUGACCCCACCCAAUCUAGCUGGGCUCAACCUCAAACACGCGGCUGCACCCCAGCCCCCCGAGCGGCCCAGGCCUGUGCCACACUUGGAAAUCGGGGUUACAUUUGUGGCGGGAGAGUUAAGGAAACCAGAAAAAAUGACAUACACUGCUUGGACCUUGACACAUGGACGUGGUCAGAAAUAGUCCCCGUGUCCAACGUCCCAGUGGGGAGAUCAUGGCAUUCGCUCACAGCGACGUCUGACAGCACUUUGUUUCUCUUUGGAGGUCUCAGCAUGGACUGCAAACCUAUGAGUGACGGCUGGUUGUUCGAUGUAGACACAAAGACGUGGAAAGAAGUGGCACAUCAGUUUAAGAAUAAGCCAAGGUUAUGGCACACAGCUUGUCAAGGCAGGGACUCUGAUGUUGUUGUGUUUGGAGGCAGCUGCGAUUACAUCCUUCUUGUUGACACUGGCCACUGCAAUGAUGCUCUCGUCUUCCAGAUGGCGCCAUACCCUCUUUUCAGAAUUUGCGAAGACUACAUCGCAAAGAACGCAAGCAAUUGUGACGUUCUCCGAAAGCAGGUUCCUUUACUACCUCCAAAGCUGUGCACAGCAGUGAAGAGAAGAAUGUCUUUCUACAGGCCUUCAAAGAAAAAACACUCACACGUUCUGUAAAUGCCAACAAAAAUGCAUAUUAUUUUUUAUUAUUUUCAUUUUAUUUAAAAAAUACGGUGCUUUAUUUUAGCAUUUAACUUUAAAUAUGAGGAGUGGGUAGGGGGGAAAUUUAUCUUAUGUUUUAAAUACAUUAAGGGAUUUAUAAAUCUUAUUGUUGUAAUUGUGACAUUAUUUUGUGUUGUCUGCCUGCCUGCUGUCAUUAUGAUGAUUAAAUGGCAUAUGACAAAA